AUGCAUGAGAUCGUGACACUACAGCUGGGCCAACGUGCCAACUACCUUGCAACUCAUUUCUGGAAUCUCCAGGAAUCUUAUUUCACAUACAACGAAAGUGAAGAGACACCAAUAGACCAUGAUGUCCAUUUUCGACCAGGAGUUGGUGCAGAUGGUUCUGAGACUUUCACUCCGCGGACAGUUAUCUAUGACCUGAAAGGUGGAUUCGGCACACUGCGCAAAUACAAUGCGCUGUACGAGCUAAGCGAGGAUGCCAGUGGUCAGGGUCUCUGGGACGGCCAAGAGGUCGUACAGAGGCAAGCCCCCAUUUUGCAAAGCGACUAUCAAAAAAGUUUAGAUCUGGGCACUUCCGCUCCCCGACUAACAUCGGAAACUGUGCGCUACUGGUCCGACUACAACAGAGUCUUCUACCAUCCUCGGUCCAUCGUUCAGAUGAAUGAAUAUGAACUGAACUCUCAGAUUAUGCCUUUCGAGGAUUGGAAUAUGGGCGAAGAGCUCUUCAAUGAUCUUGACAAAGAACAUGAUCUGUUGGAUCGGGACGUGAGGCCAUUUGCGGAGGAAUGUGACCAACUGCGAGCACUGCAACUUUUUUCUGGGGCAGACGAUGCCUGGGGUGGAUUUACCGCACGGUAUAUCGACAGGCUUCGUGACGAAUAUGGAAAGAAGAGUAUCUGGGUCUGGGCCAUUGAGGAUGGAACCAAGGUCCAGCGGCACCAACAACUGAAGAAAGACACCAACAAGGCCAAGUCGAUAUACUCGAUCUCGCCCCAGUCUAACCUUUACGUGCCCAUUAUGGAUCUGCCUCCCAAGCUUCCCAGCUACCUUCAAGUGGACCGUCGCUCACACUGGCAAACCACGGCACUAAUCAGCUCCGCGGUUGAGACCGUGACAUUACCGUCCCGGCUCCGACCGUACCAUGAUUUCGAGUCUUCUUUGACUGGAGAUGACGGGACUCACAAUAUCUAUGAACUGCAAACCACACUCAACCCUGGACAGCACGGACGUAAAUUACCGACCAAAGAGGAUGGAUCGUCCAAGGCGGAAAACGAUUUCGAUAUUGACUUUACUUAUGGCGGCGAGAGCAGCAAAUCUGCGCAUCUUUUCAAUCAAGUCCAGGUAAUGCGAGGAGAUGAGCCUGAAGACCCUACAGAGGCAACAGAAGCAGAGCUUGGGCACAUUCGCAAGCUCAGGUUAUUCAAUUCAGAGCCCAUGCUCCAGAGCUACCGCACCCCCCUUCGCCUACCCAUUCUUGAUAGCUUCCCCCAGGGAAUGUAUCCUAAAUCACAGUCCGGUUCCGGAGUGAGUGUUCUCGCCGCUUUGACCGCGUCGAGCCGGACAGCCGAUAGAAUCAAGGCCAUUGAGAGGACUACCGCACGAAUGCUCUCAGUUGAUGAGCGCGAGGCGAUGAUCAAUGGACUAGGGGAGAUUCGAGAAUCUUACGAGACUGGGUGGAGUAGUGGGUCAGAGGACGACGAUGAUUAG